AUGGCGUUGAAAAACAUCAAUAAAAAGCAGAUUCAAUUCACACAAUAUGUAACGGAUCCGGAUCAAAGUAUCAGAGACUUGAUACGUCCGGAAAAGAAGUAUGAGAAGAACCCGAAUCCAAAGAAACCGCCAGCUACACUACCCCCAUCAUUUUACCAACAGAAAAGACCCAGAGGAAGCAGUGCAGGACACUCGCCACAGGUACCUUCGCCGUCACAUAUGGCACAUGGGGGAUCAGUUGAUGAAGUAGCAUCUAGCAGUCGAACUGCAAUUAGUCCAGCUAUGGGUAUGAUGCCAAACCCGCCGAACUUUCACAAACGACAAUUCAGUGCACCGGAGCUUCAUCCUGAUUGUAACAUAGAACGAAUUCCUCCUGUUGCACCUCCAAAUCAUCCGCCACCUAAUGUAAAUCAUCAGUAUUCUAAAAGUGUGUCAGCAUUACCGCCAAUGAGUAUGGGUUUUCCACUUGAACCACAACACGUGAAAUCGGUAUCACAUGAAGCAUAUUCAUACGCGGGGUAUUCUGAUGCACCGGCUCAUCCUGGCAUGAUGCAACAAGCUCGGGAGAAAAGUUCCUCAUUGGACCCAAUGAGGAGGCCUUUCAUGACUCCACAAGAUGUUGAGCAUCUCCCGAUGCCACAUGGUUGGGAAAUGUGCUAUGAUAGUGAAGGACAUCGAUAUUAUAAAGAUCACAACUCGAAAACGACGACAUGGAAUGAUCCAAGGCUUAUUCCUCGAGAACAAGCAUUCGGAAUGGACGACAUGGGACAAGGGUACAACAAUUUCUAUGACAAUGGCCACUCGUCACGUUCACUUCCCUCGAUUCAUCAACAACAGCAGAUGAUUCCAAAUCAUCCACAACCGCAAUACUCUUCUCAGCAACAAAUGGAUUAUAUUCAACAAUUGCAAAACGAGCGAAUGAUGAUCCAAGAGAAGAACGCACAACUGAUGAAUUCGGGACUUUUGGAUAGCCCACAACCACAGUUCCAAGCUAUCUCGCCAAUGGGUUCAAACAUGAUGCAACCUCAUGAACAAAACUAUAUGUAUCAACAACAGGCUCAUACUUCUCAGCAGCAACAACCACAGCAUAAUAUCAAUCAGAUGCCAAAUCAAUAUCAGAAUAGUCAAAUGAACGACACUGCUAUGGAAGUUGACUACUCGAUUCCACCACAUCCACAACAACACCAACAACACCAGCAUCAACCACAAAUGCAUCGCGAUAUGCAGAACAAUUAUGAGAUUAACGACAUCAAUCCACACGAGUUUGACCAGUAUCUUCAGAUCAGCAACAACGAAACAAAUCGUGGAGUGGGGUCAAUGGUGCACCACUAUCAAUAA